AUGUCGUAUCGAAAUAGUCCGCGGCGAGAGUCCCACGCCAUCGAUCUGUCUGCCGCCAACUCAAGCAUCAAUCGCAAUAACUCAACAACGUCAUCUGCCUCUUCCGGCUACUCGUACUCCUCGGACCACAGCGCCAAUAGCCAUUCUACGUCUGCAAGUAGUAUUUAUGGAUCAGUUGGCCACAAGCGCGGCCAGAGCGAUGUCAUAUCCAGAGCACGAUUUUUCGAGACGGGCGAGACGAGCAGCGCCAGUUCUGGCAGAGGCCAGGACAACAUAUAUGGCUCAGUCCGGCAAUCUCUUCGCCCGCUGCCGCGAACCCCAACAACUUCUUCCGUCGAAGCCCCCCCCGCGGCACCACCUCACGUUUCCAAGCCGCGCGAGAGAGGCCAGAGCAUAGACAUUGGCCGAUUGUCACUGUCCCAAAACGAUGGCGUCACCUCUCCCACAGCGCCUUCGUCGCGACCUCUACCGGCACGGCCAAACUCCAUGUUCAUGUCUCGAGGCGAGCCUGCGAUCCCGGAAGAUGCAGUCAUGGCCCCGACGCACCACGGCCAUUCUCACUCCCACAGUGCUCAUAUAGCUCGCCCUGAUCUUGAGCGGCUGGGUCGAUCUUCUACAAGCCAGCUUCGUACGCUCUCUCAGCUUGCAAAGUCCGAGGAUGCGAAAGACUUCAACAUCACCUCGCCUGACCAGGAAGUAGCUGGUCUCCGAGGCCGACGCAGGCUGCAGCGUGCCGAUAAGACAGCGGGCCGCUCCAAGACCAACUAUGGGUGGGAAGGGCGCAAUUGGAUGGACAAGCAACGCAGGUUCCUCCAGGCGUACGAAUACCUUUGCCACAUUGGUGAAGCCAAGGAGUGGAUUGAAGAUGUCAUCCAGCAGACUCUUCCACCCAUUGUUGAGUUGGAGGAGGCGUUGAGAGACGGCGUUACGCUGGCAGAAGUGGUAGAGUUUCUCAACCCUGAGAGACGGUAUCGGAUAUUCAGAAACCCAAAGCUGCAGUUCCGACAUUCCGACAACAUUGCCAUUUUCUUUCGAUAUCUGGACGAAGUGGAGCUACCUGACCUCUUUCGUUUUGAGCUUAUAGAUCUCUACGAGAAGAAGAAUAUCCCCAAAGUCAUCUAUUGUAUCCAUGCCCUGAGUUGGCUUCUCUUUCGCAAAGGGAUUGUUGAUUUCCGCAUCGGUAACCUCAUCGGCCAGCUGGAAUUCGAGCACCAUGAGCUGGAGGCGAUGCAAAAGGGACUGGACAUGCUUGGGGUUAACAUGCCCAGCUUCGGCAACAUGGGGGCUGAUUUUGGUGUUCCCGAGCCGGAGCCGGAGCCGGAACCUGAAGAAACCGAAGAAGAGAGGAUUGAACGUGAAUUGGCAGAGAACGAAGACGUGAUUAUCGACUUUCAGGCCCAACUUCGUGGCGCGCUGCUGCGAUUGAAGCUUGGAGAGAUGAUGCAAGGAUUCUGGGAUGAGGAGGAGUGGCUGAUUGACCUGCAAGCAAGAAUACGGGGCAACUUCACCCGCCAGAUCAUGAACUAUCGACUGCAGAUGAGACAAUCAGCUAUCCUCGUCCAGAGCCUUGUCCGCGGAUACCUUGUACGCAAAGGACUCAAGAAGAGCGACCAAGCCAGGAAGGCUGCGGAGCCUGCUAUUUUGGCUUUCCAGAGCAUGCUUCGAGCACAGAAAGCACGCAACGAGAUACAAGGCCUCAAGUCUACCCUGUCUCGUUGUGACGGCCCGAUUAGGGCAAUCCAAGCCAUGUCCAAGGGUUUCCUGCUACGCAAAUCUCAAAACGUACAGCAGCAAGAGACAAAGAAGGCCACCAAGGAAGUGCAGAACCUUCAGGCACUCGCCAGAGGAAUGUUGACGCGGUACAAAAUCAGCAAAGACCUACGCCAACUCGAGGAACAUACCCCAAUGGUUGCCAGUCUCCAAGCCGCCGUCCGGGCUACAUUGGUUCGGGCCAGAAUUGAACAGCAACAAAAUGAUCUCCACUCUUUCACAGAUGUAUGGACCUCACUGCAAAGUGCGAUCCGCGGCCGCGCCGCCCGAGAUGAGCAGGAGGUUCUCAAGGCCGAGCUGGCUGAACAUGUGCCCGCGAUUGGACAACUUCAGGCUGCAAUGCGAGCUGCCGCCGUGAGGAGAGAAAUUUCAACCCGUCUUGAUGGCUUGAAAGAAAAUGAGCCUGCCAUUAUUGAACUCCAAGCACAUAUUAGGGCCAUGUUUGAGAGGCGCAGGAUUUUGGCAAUCCAAGACCAGCUUGAUAUUGAAGAGCCUGUAAUUGUCGACCUGCAGGGGCAUAUUCGAGGCUUCCUGUCCCGACAGCAAUACUAUGCCUUGUUAGAUGAGUUGUCAUCCCACGAUGCAGAGACCGCCGAGUUCCAAGCCAUCCUCAAGGCCAUGAUGGAGCGUGCAAGAAUCGACGACCUACUUACAGAGCUCCUCGAAGAAGAAGACUCCAUUGUCAUUUUCCAAGCGGCUGCCAAGGCUUUCCUCAUUCGGCUUCGAUUCGAAGAGAAGAUGCGAUUUUACGAGGAGAACAUGAAAAAGGUUAUCAAGAUUCAGAGCUUUGUACGUGCCAAAGUGCAGGGUGAGGCGUACAAGAGCCUUACCACGGGUAAAAACCCACCGGUCAGCGCUGUCAAGAACUUUGUGCACCUUCUCAAUGACAGUGAUUUUGACUUCAACGAAGAAGUCGAAUUUGAGCGGAUGCGAAAGACGGUGGUCCAGCACGUGCGCCGGAAUGAAAUGUUGGAGCAAUACAUCGACCAGCUGGAUAUCAAGAUUGCUCUCCUGGUCAAAAACAAGAUUACUCUCGAUGAAGUCGUGAAACACCAGCACACCUUUGGCGGAACCUCGAUGGGUCUACUGGCCAACUCUACUAUCGCGUCGACCAACCAGUUUGACCUCAAGGCGCUCAACAAGAGCUCCAGAAAGAAGCUGGAUUCUUACCAGCAGCUGUUUUUCAGCCUCCAGACGCAGCCCCAUUAUCUCGCUCGUCUGUUCAAACACAUCCGCGUGCAGGUGACGGCCGAAAAGGACAGCAGGCGCAUUGAGCUUCUUAUGAUGAGCCUCUUUGGUUACGCCCAGAAGCGACGAGAAGAGUACUACCUCUUGAAGCUGAUUGCCCGAUCAAUACGAGAAGAGGUUGAAAGCACAGCAAGUGCCCUAGAGUAUUCUCGGGGCCACUACUUUUGGACCAAGCUGCUCGCCAACUACACCCGGUCCCCACGGGAUCGCAAGUAUCUUCGGGGUCUCUUGGGACCCUUGAUUCGCGAUAACAUCAUUGAAGACCCAGCACUGGAUCUGGAGAGUGACCCCAUGCAAAUCUACAGAUCGGCCAUCAACAAUGAGGAACUGCGUACAGGAAGACCCGAUCACCGGCCCCUGGAUGUGCCCCGCGAAGUUGCCAUCCGCGAUCCGGAGACGCGACGUCUCUUCAUAGACCAUUUGCGAGACUUGCGGGAGAUUUGCGACCAGCUAUUCUCGUCUUUGGAAGAACAGGUGCAUAAGAUGCCCUACGGCCUCCGAUUCGUCUGCAGCGAGAUGUUCCAGGCCCUGAGCCAGCAUUUUACGCGUGAGCCGCCAGAAAACCUGCUGCAAAUGGUGUCCCACUGGCUGUGGAAGUUUUAUCUCCAACCAGCCGUCACCAUGCCCGAAAACGUGGGCGUAAUUGACAAGUCGCUCAGCCCCCUCCAGAAGAGGAAUUUGGGCGAGGUUGCCAAAGUGGUAGGGCAAAUCGCUCUGGGUCGGCCGUUUGGUGGCGAGAACAUUUAUCUUCAGCCCCUGAAUGCUUUCAUUGGCGAAUCCAUCGAGCGCCUACAGCAGAUCACCAACGACCUCAUUAACGUGCCGGACGCUGAGAAAACAUUUGACAUUGACGAGUUUAACGACCUAUAUGCGAAAAACAAACCUACCUUGUACAUCAAGAUGUCGGAUGUCUUUGCCAUUCACAAUCUCGUAGCGCAAGAGAUUAUGGUCAUGGCUCCAACCCGGGAUGACGUCCUGCGCGAAAUCAUGCAAGAUCUGGGUAGCGCCAAGAGCAACGAGAGUGAAAUGAGUGCGGCAGGGUCGGCGGAUAUUCAAAUGUUCUUGACUCCCAGGGUCCACGACCUCGAGGAUCCCGAGGCGGAUAUCAAGGCUUUGUUUAUGGAGACGAAGCGGUGCGUUUUGUACAUCAUCCGAGUGCAAACCGGGGCCAAUCUCUUGGAAAUUCUGGUAAAGCAGAUCACAGUCGAAGACGAGGAAAAGUGGGAGGCGCUUCUUCGAGAGGAAUUUUCGGACAACAGCAACUCACGAGGGGCGUAUUCAGACGCUAAGAUGGCUGACAUCACCUCCAUGUCCUACUACGACCUCAAGCGAACGGCUCUGGAGAACGUGAUGCAGCUGGAGCAGAUGGGAAGGAUUUCAAAACAGAAUCAGUAUCAGGAUGUGCUCAAUGCCAUUGCCAGCGAUAUCCGGACCCAGAGCCGUAGACGUGUCCAGAGGCAGCGAGAAUUGGACGGCGUGCGUCUGACGCUUGCCAACUUGACUGAAAAGGCCAAAUACCUGGAGCAGCAGCGCAAGAGCUACGAUGAUUACAUUGAGCAGUCAAUGAAGACGCUCCAGAACAAGAAGGGACGAAAGAGGUUCCUCAUGCCCUUCACCAAGCAGUACAAUCAUCAAAAAGAGCUGGAACGCAGCGGCCGUGUGCCAAAGUUUGGAAGCUACAAGUAUAGCGCGCGAGCACUGUCAGAGAAGGGCGUCUUGGUGUCGUGGAGCGGAACGGCUGACCGCGAAUGGGACAAGAUUGACAUUACAAUCUCGUGCGACCAGGUUGGUGUGUUUGCCAUUGAGGGCACGCGAAGCCAUAUCCAGAUACCAGGAGCAAUAGCUCAAGUGCCGAUUGAGGACAUGCUCCAGGCACAGUUUGAGGCGCAUCAGUUCAUGACGCUGUUUGAGGGCACCCUCAAGCUUAACGUGAACCUGUUACUGCAUCUUAUUUACAGGAAGUUUUACCGGACACAAUAA